CGACCGGAAGGCCGAGAGUGCAAAGCCGAACCGAGCAUGUUGGAAGCACGGGAGAUGGGGCCGCUGCUGGCGCUCCUCAGCGAAGAGGACAAGUCCGUCGAGGUCGUCGUGUCCAUGUUCCUGCGCUCGUUUACGAAGAACGACCAUUUCAAGGUCGGCUGCAUGGUGUGCCUCAUGGUCGCCGACAACGUCUUGACGAGCAACCAACGCGUCGUGGGCUUCUCGAUCCUGACCGAAGUCUUCCGCAACGAGACCAACACGAACCCGUUCUUCCCGAGCCUCGUCGAAGCGCUCGAGGCGCCAGUCGGCGACCCGGCCGAGAAGCGCUACUUGAUCCACCUCCUUGCGCGCAUGAGCGCGCCAGGCAGCGAGCCGAGCAAGAAGAACCUUAACGCCAAGCAGCUACUGCAGCAUUUUCGCAACGAAACCAAGGUCGCGUCGCUCAACCUCGACGCCGAGAAGCAGCUGUACUUUGACCGGACGCCACGUGUACCCGAGUGCCUGAGCCAAGGCAUCCGCGGCGUGCUCCCGUACUCGGCGCUCGAAUUCCAGGAGCAUGGGAACUACAACCUCCUUCUUGCGCCCGCCGACAUUGCGGCCAUGACGCUCGACGACGAGCCGACGCUCACAGCCGACGACCUCAACCUCGAAACGUGCACGCUGCAGAGUGUCAACCCGGUGUUUGUGCGCCCCGCGCCGACGAUCCUCGAGCCAGAGAUCUCCGAGUACAUGUGGCUGGACCCGGACUAUUGCCCGACGCUGCUCUGGGACACGGGCAUGUACGAAGACGCAGACGUCGACUGUGGGCGCGAGCUGCGGGACCUCAUGGCCAAGGCGUUUGUUGGUCCGCUCGUUCCUUCGCAGCAGCAAAAGGUGCUGGCCGAUUUGGAGGCCGACCCGAAGCUCGUGUACGCGUGCCAGCUGACGCCAGCGCGGCUGCCGGACCUUGUCGAGAACAACCCGAUGAUUGCGAUCGAGUGCUUGCUCAAGCUCAUGACGUCCAACCAGAUCACCGAGUACCUCUCAGCGCUCGUCAACAUGGACAUGUCGCUCCACUCGAUGGAAGUCGUGAACCGCUUGACGACGGCCGUCGACCUCCCGACCGAGUUUAUCCACUUGUACAUCUCCAACUGCAUCUCGUCGUGCGAGAACAUCAAGGACAAGUACAUGCAGAACCGCCUCGUGCGCCUCGUGUGCGUCUUUCUGCAGUCGUUGAUCCGCAACAAAAUCAUCAAUGUCCAGGAUUUAAUUAUUGAGGUGCAAGCCUUCUGCAUCGAGUUUAGCCGGAUUCGAGAAGCCGCGGGCCUCUUUCGCCUCUUGAAAACGCUGGAAUAAAUACACGCAAAAUACCACCACGCCACCAGACGCCAAUG